GGGCUUGGGGGCGUCAGAGGCGGAGUCGGGGAAGGCGGUGGCUCCAGAGAUGGCAGUGAGCGAGAGGAGGGGGCUCGGCCGUGGGAGCCCCGUGGAGUGGGGGCAGCGGUUAUUUCUGCUGCUGCUGCUGGGCGGCUGUUCUGGGCGCAUCCACCGGCUGGUGCUGACGGGGGAGAAGCGAGCAGACAUCCCGCUGAACAGCUUCGGCUUCUACACGAAUGGCUCCCUGGAGGUGGAGCUGAGCCUCCUGCGGCUGGGCCUCCAGGAGAAAGAAGAGAAGUCCCUGCUGGUGGGGUUCAGCCUCAGCCGGGUCCAGUCUGGCAGCUCACAAUCCUACUCAACCCGGGAUUUUCAUGACUGCCCUUUCCAGAAAAACAGUAGCAAUUUCCUGGUCCUCUUCCUCAUCAACACCAAGGAUCUGCAGGUCCAGGUGCGACAGUAUGGGGAACAGAAGAAGUUACUCAUCUCUCCUGGGCUCCUCCCCGAAGUGCCCUCUGAACCAGAGCUCCCAAAGCCAGGGCCCAUGGUCACCCCCAAGGUGGAUAGUGGGACCAUCACAGUCAACAAGGCCAAGUCACAACCUGCAGUGUCUCAGGGCACUGGCAGGAAGGACAAGGAGCUGGUAUUGGGUCUGGGCCACCUCAACAACUCCUAUAACUUCAGCUUCCACGUGGUGAUCGGCUCUAGGGCUGAGGAAGGCCAGUACAACCUCAACUUCCACAACUGCAACAACUCGGUUCCUGGAAAGGAGCAUCCAUUUGACAUCACGGUGAUGAUCCGGGAGAAGAACCCCGAGGGCUUCCUGUCCGCCGCAGAGAUUCCCCUUUUCAAGCUCUACAUGGUCAUGUCUGCCUGCUUCCUGGCUGCCGGCAUCUUCUGGGUGUCUGUCCUCUGCAGGAACACGUACAAUGUCUUCAAGAUCCACUGGCUCAUGGCAGCCUUGGCCUUCACCAAGAGCAUCUCUCUGCUCUUCCACAGCAUCAACUACUACUUCAUCAACAGCCAGGGCCAGCCCAUCGAGGGUCUCGCGGUCAUGCACUACAUCACGCACCUGCUGAAGGGCGCCCUCCUCUUCAUCACCAUUGCUUUGAUCGGCUCAGGCUGGGCCUUCGUUAAGUACGUCCUGUCUGAUAAGGAGAAGAAGAUUUUUGGGAUCGUCAUCCCCCUGCAGGUGCUGGCCAACGUGGCCUACAUCGCCAUCGAGUCCCGUGAGGAGGGCGCCAGCGACUACGGGCUCUGGAAGGAGAUCCUGUUCCUGGUGGACCUCAUCUGCUGUGGUGCCAUCCUCUUCCCUGUGGUCUGGUCCAUCCGGCAUCUCCAGGAGGCAUCUGGAACAGACGGGAAGGUGGCAGUGAACCUGGCCAAGCUGAAGCUGUUCCGGCAUUACUACGUCAUGGUCAUCUGUUACGUCUACUUCACGCGCAUCAUCGCCAUCCUGCUGCGGGUGGCCGUGCCCUUCCAGUGGCAGUGGCUGUACCAGCUCUUGGUGGAGGGCUCCACUCUCGCCUUCUUUGUGCUCACGGGCUACAAGUUCCAGCCCGCCGGGGACAACCCGUACUUGCAGCUGCCCCAGGAGGAUGAGGAGGAUGUACAGAUGGAGCAAGUAAUGACCGACUCUGGGUUCCGGGAAGGCCUGUCCAAAGUCAACAAAACCGCCAGUGCACGGGAACUGUUGUGAUCAUCUGCACAUCUGGAACCAGAUGGUCCUCCUUCCCCCACCUACUGCUUCUCACUCCUGCCCCUCUCCUAGUGGGUGUUGGAAGGUGCAGGGGACCGGCACAGAUGAGGCACCCGGCUCCUUGGGACCCGGGUUCAGAAGACAAGCCCUUCUUCCCUUUCUAAGUAUCGGGCAGCUCUGUCCUCACCCAGGACUACCCUUCACUUCCAGCUGUACAAUAAUGACCAAUCUGUUUUGCUA